AUCAUUUUCUUAAAAGUCCCUAAAGAGAUAUUCCUUUUCAUACACAACAACCACAAUAAAGAAGAACAACAAAAAACAAUAUGACUGUGUCUCCUUUAGCCCUCGACAUAACAGACAUUAUUCGGGUCCUUGAAAUCCAAAUCCCAAAGAUACAGCAUGACACCAUGACUGCAAGUAACAGAGAACAUCGAGCGCAAAUGCAGGAUAAUCAAGACGAGUUUCGCGCACUUGGAAUCGAAGCUGAUUAUCUACGAAAAACAAUGAUGAUCAUGAAGGAAGAAAUUUCAAAUAGCAGAAAAAUUCAGGAACGAUUGGAAUCACAACUUUACGCACAAGAACAGGAAACUGCCCACGCCCAUAAAGAAAUGCAAACCAUGACGCGACUAAAAAAGGAAGCUGAAAAAAGAUUGGAAAGUGAGUUGCGUAACCAUGAGAAUGAUAGAACCCUGUGGCAACAGCGUGAAGCCGAACUACGGGGUGAAAUCAAAAGAUGGGCCAUUCAGAAACAGAAUCCAAGGCGAACCCGGAGUGCAACAGCCUCCAAUAUCUGGGACACACCCGAAACAGCCAAAAAUUGGGGAACUUGUGCAGGCAUGAGUCCCAUCUUUGAGGACCGCCGUGCCCUUACUACAGACACCGUGUCGUGCCGAGACGCCAAGAUCCGCGCCCAAGAAAAGGUUAUUUUGGAUGUAAAGACCGAAUUGCAGCAGCAAAAGAGACUGGCUCAUGAGGCUAUCAUGACCACAAAAGCACAAGCCCAUCGUGUCGCAUGGCUUGAAGACGAACUCAAGGGGAUCAAAAGACUCAAUGCAUCUCUGAUGGAAGACAAUGAAGGAUACCAACUAUUGCUUCACGAAAAGACCAUGACUGAAAUAUUCAACAAGGGCGUAGAACCAGAAGAACCGUCACAGACAGCUAAUCCUACAAGUCUAGCAGCCGAAUUGCAGUUGGUCGUAAGUCAGGAUACAGAUGCAAAUCAAGCCCAAGUAAAUAAAUUGACUGAAGAAGUCAAGACACUCCAAGAGGCCAACAAGGCAUUGACACUGUACAUGAAUAAGAUUUUGCUCAAGAUUGUCGACAAUAACCAAUUGGUCGAUGUCUUGAAUAUCGACGACACACCAACAAGUGAGCCAGAACCACAAAGUAUGGUUCCUAAAUAUGAAGAAAAAGAGAAUCAUGAAGAAAAGUCUGUAAUACGACAAUCGACAACACCAACACCAACAACGACGACAACAACAGUAAAGGCAGAUUCGGCUGUACCGGUAGUUAAUAGUAACAGACCAAGAAGAAGUACCAUUUCAUCCUGGAUGUCUUCUCCAAAGCCAGAAACACCCUCACCACCGGUUAACAAUAGUGAUAAUGGGUGGGCAAGAGCCCUUCGACGAAUGACUGUCAUGAGCUGGGUUCAGUCCUCAAAACCAGAACCUCCAAAGGAAGAUGAAGCAAUCUGUCUUGGCCAUGAUUCAGCAAUAUCAUCAAGGGCUAGUGAGAGCACUGAAGCUGAGACUGAAGCUGAAACUGAAGACGAAGAACAGGAACAGGAACAGGAACGAAAAGAAUAAAUAAACCAAUAAAUAAAUAAACAAAAAAUGUAUAUAAACAAAUAUAAAUAAAUAAACAUCUCUCUCUCUUUC